CCCUCGGUGGGUCCCGCAAGCUGAUUGGCUAGCCCCGUGGCGAGAGCGGCUAUUUCUCGUUCAGACCUGCCCUGCGGGGCGAGGGCGAAGUGGGCGCCCCGUGCGCUGAUUGGCUGGAGGGGCGCGCGCCGCAGGGAGGAGCGGGGCGGACGCGGAGCCGCGGUUAGUCUCGCGGGGAGGUCGUAAGCGCGUGAGGUAUCUCUUGCAGUGUCGCGCGCAGGUAGCUGCAGCAGCAGGAGCAGUAGCCGCCGUGUGAGGGAGCCAUGAAGCACUCUGAGGUGGAGAUUCUGGACGCAAAGACGCGGGAGAAGCUGUGCUUCCUGGACAAGGUGGAGCCCCAAGCCACCAUUGCCGAGAUCAAGAACCUUUUCACGAAGACCCACCCACAGUGGUACCCCGCCCGCCAGUCGCUCCGCCUGGACCCCAAGGGCAAGUCCCUGAAGGAUGAGGACAUUCUGCAGAAGCUGCCCGUGGGCACCACGGCCACUCUCUACUUCCGGGACCUGGGGGCCCAGAUCAGCUGGGUAACGGUCUUCCUGACAGAGUACGCCGGGCCCCUUUUCAUCUAUCUGCUCUUCUACUUUCGGGUGCCCUUCAUCUAUGGCCACAAAUAUGACUUCACGUCCAGUCGGCACACGGUGGUACACCUCGCCUGCAUCUGCCACUCAUUCCAUUACAUCAAGCGCCUGCUGGAGACGCUCUUCGUGCACCGCUUCUCCCACGGCACCAUGCCCUUGCGCAACAUCUUCAAGAACUGCACCUACUACUGGGGCUUCGCCGCGUGGAUGGCCUAUUACAUCAACCACCCUCUCUACACGCCCCCCACUUACGGAGCUCAGCAGGUUAAACUGGCACUCGCCAUCUUUGUGAUCUGCCAGCUCGGCAACUUCUCCAUCCACAUGGCCCUGCGGGACCUGCGGCCAGCGGGGUCUAAGACCAGGAAGAUCCCAUACCCCACCAAGAACCCCUUCACGUGGCUCUUCCUGCUGGUGUCCUGCCCCAAUUACACCUACGAGGUGGGGUCCUGGAUUGGCUUUGCCAUCAUGACACAGUGUGUCCCAGUGGCCCUCUUCUCCCUGGUGGGCUUCACCCAGAUGACCAUCUGGGCCAAGGGCAAGCACCGCAGCUACCUGAAGGAGUUCCGAGACUACCCGCCCCUGCGCAUGCCCAUCAUCCCCUUCCUGCUCUGAAUGGCUCCCCCUCACCCAGGCUCAGCCAAGCCAGGCUCUUGUCCCCCCGCCCCAGUGUCAUUCUGGGUGAGGAGUGGGAACCACUGCUCUCCAGCGUCUGGAAUAAAACCUGCCUGCCCAGCUGGA